AGCCCUAAACUAAAUAAAAUGGUAUGCACAUUAAACAUCAGUUAUCAAUAAAUGCAGAAUUCAUCACAUAUAGCAUCUUUGAAAUAUCAGUGGUUUUAUACCAUUAUGAUUAAAAGCAAUGACUUUUUCUGCCAGCACACACUACCCAGGCACCAAGAACAGCUGUGACACACACAGGCCUAACUGUUCAUGUGUGUGAAUCUGCAGGCGCAUGCACACUAGAGGCACGAUGCAUCUGCCUCUCCACACCUACCGUGCUGGAGGCUCAAGGAAGGAAGAACUGGAAGUAAAAUUCAAGCAACUCACAGAAACAAAAGGAAAUACCUCAUCUUCUCCCUCAAAUAGGGAUGAAAUCAAGACAGUGAUUUGCCAGGAACACCUGUGAGGAAAUUAAGGACUGUGACUGCAAACAGCUGGUGCACCUGCAAGCCUUCUCAGACUGGCAUUUAUUCAAAUUUGUUCAGGGAAGCCAUUUAGAUUCCUGGAGAUGCCCGUUUAGGGACCUUCAGUUGAAACAGAAGAGUUGAAAACCAGGCCUGAGUCUUUGCAGACAGUAAGGAUUCUUGUGCAAGAUGUUGAUAGUGCUCAAAGUGAUGUUUAUUUUCACAUGGGGUGGGGAGGAAGUGAUUUUAGUAACUCCCAGCAAUGCCCAUUUAGGGACCUCCGAUUAAAAGAUUACCCUAGAGUUGAAAGCAAAACAAAGCAAAUAUGUACUUGCACUUUGGCACUAUUGAUCCAAAGGCCCUCUGUUCAGAAUUCAUCAGCAAAGAGGUCGUGGGGUUUUGAGAAAAUGGCAACUUGCUUCUUCCCGUUUACCAUUUGUCUCCUGGGAUGCAUCUUCUACUCCCAAUGUGCAGUUUUUAUUCCCCAGGAAGAGGCCAGUGCUGUUUUGUACCGCUACAAACGGUACAAUUCUGGACGGCUGGAAGAAGUGGUCAAAGAUAACCUUGAGCGUGAGUGCAUAGAAGAGAAGUGCAGCUUCGAAGAAGCAAGAGAAGUUUUCGAAAACCAAGAGAAAACCAUGGAGUUUUGGAAGGAAUACAUUGAUGGAAACCAAUGUGAUUCUAAUCCCUGUUUGAAUGGAGCCACCUGUGAGGACGACGUUGGGGACUAUCAUUGUUGGUGUGCAGCUGGUUUUGAAGGAAGAAACUGUGAGCUAGAUGCUACCUGUUUUACAAAGAAUGGAGGUUGCAAGCAGAUUUGCAAGCACGAUCGAGUGGGGAAAGCCGUCUGCUCUUGUGUUCCUGGUUACAGACUUAAGGCAGAUCGGAUGAGCUGUGAACCAGCAGUGAGCUUUCCAUGUGGAAUGAUUGGAGCUCCAGAGGCAAAAGGUGUCGCUACCAUCACCAGAGGCCUUUUUGAAAACUGGGACUCCUUUGGCAACGACACCGAUGACCUUCCGUCCGCGACAGCGAUGACACCAAUGGAAAACACAACCACAAGGAUCGUUGUCCAGACAGCACAUCGUGAACGAGUGGUUGGUGGCACGGACAGCAAGAAGGGGGAAAUUCCUUGGCAGGUCCAUCUGCUGAACGACAAGUGGGUAGGAUUCUGUGGAGGCUCAAUUGUCAACCAGAAGUGGAUCGUGACUGCAGCGCACUGCCUUGAGGAUCGGCCACAUGCCAUUGUAGCCGGUGAACACAACACACAAGCCGAGGACAAUACCGAGCAAUACCGCACCAUAUCGAGGACCGUCCUGUUCCCCACAUACAACGCCAGCCAAAAAUAUGACAAGGACAUUGCCCUUCUAGAGCUAGAUGUGCCCCUGGAACUGAACAGUUACGUCACUCCAAUUUGCAUAGCAGACAAGGAUUUCACCAACAGUCUCCUCCGGCAUGGGACAGGCACCGUGAGUGGCUGGGGGAGGCUGACGCACGGAGGCCGGCCGGCCAACAUCCUUCAAGUGCUGAAACUCAAGUUCAUCGACCGCUCCACCUGUAUGAGGAACAGCAGGUAUACCAUUACGCCGAACAUGUUCUGUGCGGGCCACCCCGAUUCAAAGGAUACCUGCCAGGGAGACAGCGGAGGCCCGUAUACCACAGAAGUAGAAGGCACCUGGUUCCUAACCGGGAUAACCAGCUGGGGCGAACAGUGUGCCAUGAAGGGCAAAUAUGGCGUCUACACCAAAGUUUCAAGGUACGUCAGGUGGGUGAGAGAUACCACCAAGCUGGUAUAAUUGAGCCCAAGGCAAGAUCUUCCUGUUCCUUUCCCAAGAAUUUCCAGUGGAGAAUAAGGCCACCGAACAGACCAAGCUGCUUUCCUGAAAGAGUUUCACUUUAAAAAUAAAAUAAAAUUGAAGACACUUUAAACAGUUUGCACAGGAGGCGGUGUGCUUGCUCUGGCAACCCAAAACAGGGCCGGUGGGGGGGCACCCAGCCAGGGUAAAAAAGCUGUGCACACAGUUGUGUGUUUGCAAAGAUCAAGGUAAGAGGGGGAAGAGUGAUUGUGUGGGCAAAGGGAGUUGGGUUGAAUGGCUUUCUGCCCACCCUCGAUAAAAUGCUGGGGAGGGCAGGCAGAUUGGCUGCUCCCACCUUACCUAGCUCCAAGCUCCCACACAACCACUCUCCUCUCCUCCUUGACAUUCAUACGCCCACCAAUCAGCUCCCUACCCUGUUUAGGGUUAUGAGAAUGGGCCCACUAUCUGGAAGAGGAAGAAAAUGAGAGACAAUGGAGUGGCUUGGAAUAAGCCACUUUUAAUCAGCUGUAGCUCCCUACUGGGUGUUUUUUUUUAAGGUGCCUACCUCACAGGGUUGUUGUGGGGGUAAACAUAUAUUGUAAAGUCCUUUGGAACAUGAGAACUGCAAAUUCAUGAAAAUGCAACCUGUGCUCAGUGCAUUUAUGUUACUGUAAUGAAGGGCAAUGAAACAAGAAAUAAAUCGCCGCAUUAAAUGUU